AUGGGGGCCCCCGCAAGCUCGGCCCGCCAUAGAGCCGCUCUUGCUUUAGCGGGCGGCGGCCGAUCUGCCCCAGUGGGAGUGAGGUCCGUGUACAAGAUCCGAGUGGUGAGGGGCCCAUGUCUUGCGGUGCGGCAUGGGGGCACGCCCGGUAGGUGGGCUACUACCGGUGUGCAGCGUCAUCCGAACAAGGGUCCCACCUGGUCACCUCUGCGCAUGUGGGCGAGUCUUGAGUGUUAUGCCAGGUUGCCUCCGGCCCGCUGGGCCCGCUGCGUUAAUUACAAGUGCCAGGUUUUCAGUUGGAGCGUUUGA